AUGGACAUUUACGAGGCCGCGAGACAAGGUAGUGUCGAUGACAUAGAAUUUGCGAUCGAGACAGGAUGCGAGGUCAAUGUACCGGACCAAAAUUUCAGAACGCCUCUUUUCUUCGCUGUUCAUAACGGUCAUAUCGAUGCAUGCAGAACUCUGAUCGCCAGAGGAGCUAUCAUGGACGAUGAUUCACAAAUCAUACUCGAUCUCGCGAUUAGGGGAGGACAUGCCGAAAUACUCGAACUGCUCUGGCCGUACUGCAAAGUUGAAACAGAAUAUCGCUGUUUGGAGAGGGCUGUCUCGCUAGGCUUUCAUGACAUCGCGGAUUUUUUGGUUGGAACUGGACAAUUCAAAUACCAGCUUUCCGAUGCCAGUGAAAUUGAAAUGAUCAAGAAGAAUGGAUUUCAACAACAAGAGAUGGCAGCCUUCCAGCAAUGGGAGAGAUAUAUCUUUGCUAGAGGUUCGGAGAAGAUCGAUUUGCACCGGGUUUUCUUUGACUACGCUCUCCUUCUUGCAGCGAAGGCCGAUCGGAACGCGGGACUGCGACUAGUGAACUUCUUGCUCGAGGGAGAAAACCCUUUAGCCGACGUGAACUGCAUGAUCAAUGUCGCCGGUGAAAUCGAGACACCCUUGACGAAUGCGGCCGAGAAAGGCAAUCUGAAAAUACUCGAAAAUUUGAUUGGACGCCAGGAUAUAAUGCUGGCGAUUUGUGGCAAGUACAACUGGCCUGCGUUUCUUCAUCUACUGGCGAACUCUCAGUCAAUCGCCUCUGAAAAAGGCCAAGCCAUAGCACAAACGCUCUCCACAGACACUAUUUGCGAUUCGUUCCUCAUUGAUAAUAAAGGAACUCGCUUAGAAGCUAUAUUUGAAAACGUUCUUCGGCAUGGGAACGAUGCUCUUGUGAUGCAAGUGAUCGAGCUUGUUCACGGCACGGCAGGAAUGUCCAUUCUGCCGCUAUUGAUCAGAGCGAAUGAAGCCAAAGGGUUGAGAUGGGUUUUAAACGAUCGCACGGCGGGCACGUUGAAGCCUCCACCAAUCCUUUGGGUAUUGCUUUGCAACUUUUUCGAGGAAAAUGCAAACACAGAGGCUUGGAAACUUUUCAUUCAAGUGGCAGAAUUCUUUGUUAAAAACGCGAUCUGGGACCGGAUGAUACUAGUGUGUCUCAGUUCACGCAACCUUCGUUUUGUCAAGCAAUUUUUCUACCCUCUUAGGGAGAUUCAACCGAGAGAGGUGACGGAGGAAACAACUCGGGGACUUUCUCAGGCGUCUACCAAUCAAUCCCUUUUACAGGAGUGGGUAGACAGAGGCUUUGCUAGCACAACACUUUGGAGCGCCAUUGUAUCUGGAUUGUGGAAGAGUCCAGCAUUUGAACUCCUCAUUUCACAUGCCAAUAUUGACCCAAACGAACCAUUCCAGGGCAAAGUCAGCUUGAAGAAAGAAGCAGAUAACCUCCCACCCUCUUUCUCUUGGAACUCAAUUGGCGAAAAACGCAAAUUGUCGACCGGAUCACCUGCGGGAAAUCCCUUGAGAUUUCCUGGUGAUCCCAAUAUGAUGAACUCUGUUCAGCAAGACUAUCAAAAUCAGCUGAUACUCUUGGAGCAACAGAACAAAAGGCGACUGAUGAUGGCCAGGGGAGAACAAGAACGUAUAAAGACGGGAGGAUCCCUGCAGGAGACCAUGUGGAAUAGCCCUCUGGCUUUCGCAGCAGCAUGUCGUAACAUUCAACUUGUUGAGGUUCUUCUGCGCAUCUCACGCGUCAAUGUCAAUUCACAGGACGUCAAUAACCAGACUCCUCUCAUUCUCGCCAUCACCUUGAAAGAUUCGCAAGUUGUGUCGAGACUAUUGGAAAUUGGAGGUACUGAUCUUAACUUGAGAGACAACAAAGGCAGAACUGCUAUAUUUCAUGCUGCACAAGUGGAAGACUUGCAUCUUGUACAAUUGCUCAAGGGAAGCCACAGGGUGGACCUUUCCAUUCGGGAUUGUGACGGCAGAAGUGUCUAUGAUUUUGCAAAGCUGAUUGGGAACCAGGAUGUUAUAGCUGCUCUUGCGUCCUGA